ACAACUAACCUUUUUCUUCUCUAUUUCAAGUAUUCCUUCUAAGGGAAUCACCUUCUCAACCCUCAAACACUCCUUCUCUCUCUUUACCUUUCUCUGCAAUCCUAUAUCAAAACUUUUCACAUUGCAAAAACCACUUCAACCCUUCAACCUUCCCUUCUAUACUUAACUUUCUUUUUUAUCCAUCUGAGUAUGAGUCAUUUUGCUCAGCAUAUCAAGUUUAACUAAACAUUUCCUGCAUGAUAGCAUUUGUAUGGCUAGAUGAUGAUCUUGUUGUUGUUUUAGUUGGAAGAACAUGAGAAGGCUUGCUAAAUGAUUCAAGGGGAGUUAAUAUUCAAAACUGCACUAUAUCUCUCAAAUUCAGGAAAACAGAAAGGUGUUGCAUAAAUCCUGUAUUUUCUAGGUGGCAAGUUCCUGCUUCAACCACCAUUUGUAUUAUUGACAUUCACAAAAACACCACCAUUCCACUGACACAGAGAACUGUAUGUAUAACAAGAGCCAUGAAACAAGGGUCACCAGCAUCACCACCACCACCACCAUCACCACCACAACCACCCCCACCAACAAAAAAUGUGAUCAGGCUUCAGAGCAGUUUAACGCCAUCAAGGUUAAGACUUCCUUCCAAGUACAGAGAGCCUCCAAGGACUCCACCAGAGGUUGUCAAUGGAGUGGUGUCAACUCCAACUAGGAGAGCCCAGUCUGUCACUCCAGAGCUGAAGCACACUUCCAGGAUCAAAAGGGGUCUAGUGCUGAACAAGGCCAAACCCAAUGAAGAGGUUGCAGGAACCCACAGGGGUAGGGAAGCUGAAGAGGCUAAGGCUGUGUCUCGCUUCGUGCGGCCUCAUGCUGUGGAACAGUUUGCUAGGCCAAGGAGUGCGGUUGGGGAAUUUACUAUGAAGAGGGAUAAGGAGGACCCUGAUGGAAAGAGUAAGAAGGAACUGAUGGAGAAGCUUGAGGUGAGUGAGAGUUUGAUCAAGAAUCUGCAGUCUGAAGUUCUGGCUUUGAAGGCCGAGUUGGAAAAAGUUAAGGGCUUGAAUGUGGAGCUGGAAUCUCACAACAGAAAACUCACUAAGGAUGUUGCUGCUGCUGAAUCGAAGGUGAUGUCUUUGGGUGGAAGUGAAAAGAUGAAGGAGCCAAUUGCAGAACAUCAGAGCCCCAAAUUUAAACACAUUCAGAAACUCAUUGCUGACAAAUUAGAAAGGUCCAUAGUGAAAAAGGAAGCCAUUACUGAUGGCUGCUUUGUUAAAGCCUCAACUCCAGCACCAACAGCAAUUCCUACGAUUCCUGAAGCUACAACUAUAAGGGUAGGAAGAAAUCCUGCACUAAAAGCAUGUCUGCCACCGCCUCCACCACCUCCACCACCGAUGCCACCAUCAAUCCCUUCUAUGCCUGUAGCAAAAGUAAAUAACACCCAAAAGGCCCCUGCAUUUGUAAAAUUACUUCACUCAUUGAAGAAUCAAGAAGAAAUGAAGAACACAACAGGAUCGGUUAAACAGCAGAAACCAGUUGCUGUGAAUGUACAUAGCAGCAUUGUUGGAGAAAUUCAAAACCGUUCUGCUCAUCUAUUAGCAAUAAGGACAGACAUUGAAACAAAAGGAAAUUUUAUCAAUGACCUUAUAAAAAAGGUGGUAGAAGCGGCCUACACGGACAUUGAAGAUGUCUUAAAUUUUGUGAAUUGGCUUGAUGGUGAACUCUCAUCAUUGGCUGAUGAGCGUGCAGUCUUGAAGCAUUUUAAUUGGCCUGAGAGAAAAGCUGAUGCCAUGCGUGAAGCCGCAGUUGAGUAUCGCGAACUUAAAUUGUUAGAACAAGAGAUUUCCUCCUUCAAGGAUGACCCUGAAAUUCCAUGUGGAGCUUCCUUGAGAAAGAUGGCCACCCUAUUAGAUAAGUCUGAGUGCAGCAUACAGAGACUAAUCAAGCUGAGAAAUUCUGUAAUGCGUUCAUAUCAAGAUUACAAAAUUCCAACCGCUUGGAUGCUUGACUCGGGAAUCACGGAAAAGAUUAAGCAGGCUUCUAUGAUUCUGGUCAAAAUGUACAUGAAAAGAGUGACAAUGGAACUUGGAUCUGCUAGGAAUUCUGACAGACAGUCUAGUCAAGAAUCCCUUCUGCUUCAGGGCGUCCAUUUUGCAUACAGAGCUCAUCAGUUUGCUGGAGGUUUGGAUGCAGAAACUCUGUGUGCUUUUGAAGAGAUAAGGCAACAUGUACCAGGACACUUAGCAGGGUCUCGAGAACUUUUGGCUGGCAUAGCAUCAUCGUAAGAGGCCAUUGAUAUUUUAUGCUUUCUUUUCCUUGUCCCCAAUGUUCAACACCAUUGACGAUCAUUCAGAAGAAAUAAGAAGAAACAUGCAGAGAUUUUGAAGAAAAAACUAGCUGCUCCCUCGUCUUGAUCUAUGGAUAAAAUCUUCAGUCAUUGAGCUUAAACAGUUUUUGAGA